UCGCGGCAUUGUGGGAAGGCGCGAUGCGGCCGGGGCCUCACCUGGCGCGGGGCGGGGAGGGAGGAGGGCAGGAGGGAGGCGGCCGGCAGCCAGCCCGGCCGGGCCGGCUCCGAGCCCGCCGCCGCCACGACAUGAUACACUUUAUACUGCUGUUCAGUCGGCAGGGGAAGUUAAGGCUUCAGAAAUGGUACACGACGCUACCUGAUAAAGAGAAGAAAAAGAUCAUUCGAGAAAUUGUUCAGAUUAUUUUGUCUCGCAAUCAAAAAACAAGUAGUUUUGUUGACUGGAAAGACCUCAAGCUUGUUUACAAAAGGUAUGCUAGUUUGUACUUCUGUUGUGCAAUAGAAGACCAGGACAAUGAACUCCUGACACUAGAGGUCGUUCACCGAUAUGUAGAGCUUCUGGACAGAUACUUUGGAAAUGUGUGUGAGCUGGAUAUUAUCUUUAAUUUUGAGAAGGCUUAUUUUAUUCUUGAUGAGUUUAUAAUUGGUGGAGAAGUACAAGAAACUUCAAAGAGGUCUGCAGUGAAAGCCAUAGAAGACUCUGACAUGUUGCAGGAGACAGUGGAAGAGUACAUGAACAAGCCUGCAUUUUAAUGUUACAACUGCCUGGAGAGAGAACUGCUGUAUGCACCUGUAAACUGUACUUCCUAAAAUUGCUUCCCAAUGUGCCAGAGCCUCAGAGAAAUACCAAAAGCAAUAACUAAGGGGUUUGUUUGUAUAAUUGUGAAGAUGAAGGUCAGCCAAUGUAGCAGAGGGUUCAACAAUUCUGUACUUGCCUUACUCUGCAUAUGAGUUUCUCAGAAUUGUUAUUACCCUUCAUGUAGUUUCUCUUCUCCUUGCUGGACUAAACACUUGUUUUGUACCAUGCCUUUUAGCUACUGGUUUUGUCAUCAUAAAAUGUUACUUUGAUGGUACUUAGAAGUAUUUUUACUACUUUUAGUCCAUUGCUGACCAUAUGACUCUACUUUUGUACAAAUGUCCAUUAUUUUGAAUGUAAUGAUUAUUCUGCUCUAAUAAUAAUUUUUCCAAAAGCCAAAUUGUUGUGGGCCUUGAUUUCACAAGCGUAUUUUGAAAAGAUUAAACCAUCUAGUUUAGGCAGAAAUGUGCUUCUCUUUGGACCAAGCCCCUUUCUUUCCCUAUCUUCCUUCUAUUUUCUGCUCUAGUCUGCUAAUAAGACUGCUCCAACUGCUACUAGCAUGCACACCACACCUCUAAUCUGGAAGGCUGUUCUGACUCAAGGUGGGCUUAUCCCAGGUUUAAUAAAUCCUUUUUGCUGCUGCAUACAGAUGGCCUCUUUCUGUCUUUCUCCUCAUUUUCCUGUCCCCCUCCUAGGUUCCCUGAACCUGAACAAAGGCUGUAACCUUUGGAAGUGUGCAGCUUGAGAGCAAGGAGAUGUCCAGAAGAGAAGAAAUUAGUCUUUGGGAUUCAUUGAUUGCACAGGUUUGCAUUUCCCUUCGGCAUAGAUUUUCUUUGAUUUCUGGGAUGUACAGUUGGUAUUUUCCUUCAGGGAUGUCCUUCAUUCUUACUCCUGCUCUUUCAUUGCUCCUUCCUUCCCAGUCUGUCUGUAUCUUCCUGUAGUGAGGUUUGGGGUUUUUUUGGAGGGUGGGAGCACUUUGACAUAACAUGACAACUUUGUUAAUUGUCAACCCGGUUUUCUGCCUGUUAUCUAGUCUGUUAGUAAAACUGUUACAAGCUUGCUCAUAGCAUCAUGAUGCUCUUAUUAUAAUUACUUUAUCCACCUGUUUUCUCUGUAUUGAUGUCAAAGGCAUACUUUCAGCACCAAAAAAAUGGUGAAACUGCUGAAGGGCUUUCAAUAGCUCUGAAGACCUUCAAUUUAGUAGUAAAUUAAUGAAAUUGUAUGAGUUGUAUAUUAUUUUCUCAUGGCUUGAAAUGAAGUUGUUUUUUUUAAGUAGCAUUUAAUUGAUUAAGGAGCCACUUUAGAACAUGCAGAGACUCUUUCCGCCCUUUACUUUUAUAAGUGUCUUUUAUUCGGUGAAAUCAUCAGUAGUUUCAUUUGCUUUUACUCCUCCUUUUUGGAACCACACUGUGAUUUUCUGACUCUUACAAUUCUUGUGUGAAUUCUGGAGUAUAUGAAAAUAGGAGUUCCAAAAAGAAGAUUUCUUGGUAUGAAUAAAGAUAUCUUAAGCUUUUUUCUUCAGUCAUUUGAAGAAGAGCUGUAGGACUUCUUUGUCUCUUGUUUUAAAUGAAGAAUUCCUUAUGAAAUACAUUAGCUAGGGGUACUUAUGCCAGCCAUGUCAGUAUAGCAUCUAAAAUACGUAGCAUUACCAAACUGAUGUAUCCAAUGUCAACUUGAGAAGUGUGAUGAAAUUAGUAUAGCUUCCUUGCCCUUAUGCAGAAGGUCAUUGGAAUAUGCUGCACCUGUUGUGCCAACUGCUUUUAUACGACAAAGUUGGAUGGAAGUACGUGUUAGGUACUCUAAAGAACUGCUUGAUUAUAUUUGUGGUCUAAAAAACAUCUACAGAUUCCUGUUGCUUUUGCCUGCAGAUGGGCUACACAAAGUAGGUAGGUGGGUGUUACUUAAUGUGACUUUUGCAAAUGUUGGUGUGUAUGUAUAGUAUACCUAUGAUAUAGGACAGAUUGGUUUGAAGCAGCAAACUUGUAUUUAUACUUCUUACAACCUUCAGUGAGAAGGAGGUCACUCACCUAAGUGGCAUUACAAUGGCAUUCAGCUCAACCCAACUCUUCUCCAAAGGGACAAAGCCCAGAUGAAACCCAGUUAUUGUCAGAUUGCCUUUAGGUCACCGUGUCAAAAUGCCUGUGCCUGCCUCCAUCUUUGCGGAAUUCCAUUGCCGUCAACAGGACUCUGCAUAAUGUAGUGCGUUGAAGAGUAUAAGUCAUCAGAAGACUUAACGCCUCUCCUGAUACCUUAGUUCUUUGAUUUUUCUUAAAACUGGUGAUGCAUGUAUCUUUGUAUAUAUUUACAAAUCUCUCUGCAGCAUUGCCCAUUUCAGUUGUGUUUGCUGUUGAUGUUUCUCUUUCCAACUUCCCUGACUCUUCUAGGCAAUGUUCAAUGUAAAGUUUUGUGAGACUACUUUAUGAAAUUAUUAUCAAGAAAGUUUUAGAAAGCAGGUUCCUUAAUGGUUUUCCCAAUCUCACUAACCUCUUCUGCAGUUACCUAAAUUCUCACCUUGUUGAUGAGCUUCAAGCACAUACAUCCUAGUUUGCAAAAUUGCAUUUACUAAAAUAAUCAUUAAUCAUAGUCAUGUUGCUAACCUAGAUUCUCUUCCUUGCUUCUGCCAGCUGUAUCUAGCAAAAAACUGCUUGGUUUUUCUUAUUAGCAUCUCUGCCUGAAGGAUUCUUGCUGUGAUGUUGCUGCUUACCUGUUGUGACAGGGCUGGUUCUCUAUCAUGCAACUAUUUGCAAUUCGUGAGUUUUGACAUCAUGACAAUUAAAAAGCGAGAGACAGACACUGACUGGGAUAAAAAUAAGUGUAAUAAUGUCAAGAGGAAUAGUAGAACUAUGACAAAUUAUUAUGAGUGAGAGAUAGGAGUGACGGGAUCUCAGAGGAUACAUGAAUUCUUCACAUUUGUUUCUUUUUUCAUGAGGCAUUUCUGACUGUGGUGUCAACUCUUAUGAAUAACUAUAGGAAAAUUGACAUUCAGAUUACCUCCUGUAAACCUUUAUUUAACAAAAAGCCACUGGAAGUGAAUCUUCAACACCUCCUUCUAGCUGCUCCUACGUAAAACCUGUGUUUUAUAAAGUUCUGUGCUUUCAGAAACCCAGAUAGGAAACAGUGUAAACUAUAGGUAUGGUUCUGUGUCUGCAUGUAAUGCUGAAAUAAUGUUGUACUUAUGAAAGGAUGAAUUACUCCCCGCCCCCAUUAAUUUACAGUCCUUUCAAUAGAUAACACCUUUUUUACACUGCUUAGCACUGUGUGUGUUAGAGUGAUACAGCAUUCAGUAACAGUACAUUAGUGGUCAGGAGGGCUUGGUUUUAUAAGGAAGGUUCAGAGGAGUUUAACAAUGUGAGUGAAAAUUUAGAAGAUACCCAGAGACAUUCAAUCAACAAAAUAACAAGGCUCAGUACAGUUCACAGAUAAAAAAAACCCUCUCUGUGCCUCUCCAUGACAUUCUGCUGCACUGAAAAUGUGUUGGAAAACAUUUCUGUUAGCACAGCUCCUCUGUGAGGAGAGACAUUGCUCUCGGCCUGCAUGAAAUGACUAAACCCAAAGGUCUUUGUUCUGCAGUUAAGCCCUAUGGUGGGAUUUUCAUUAACUUUCUUUGAUGCCUCCAUGAGUGUGGAGUCUGCAUCAUCAUCUUACAUCACUGUAUUUUUGCUUUAGAUGGCUGCCAAGAACUUGUGAGCUCAGACCAGGUAAAAGCAUCCUUCUGGGGAAUUUGAUGACAUUCCCACUGAAUGCAGUAGUGUGCAUGCUCCUUAGCGAGAUUCAUAGUACAGGUAAGAUAUAGCUAUUGAUUUAAAUGUCUAUUAGUAUUUUUCAGGGAUUUCAUGAAGCAAGCGGGUCUAGGUUGAAGUACAGUAGUGAAAGCUUAGUGCUUACGGCAGAAAUAACUGCUGCAAGAGACUUAAUGUUUGCUGUCAUGGAAACCUGUAGCCUUGGAACAUGACUAAUGAGACCCAGGCUAAGGGAAAGGGAGAAGCUGUUCUUGAAAUUACUGUUCAGCGAACGCUAAGGAAGACCAAUAAUAUGCAUUAUCAUAAAUUACAGUUGUUUCAA